AGUCAAAGCUGUUGAUACGGGCAGACCAGAACGUCAUACACUGAGCAGCACACAGGGUGGCCGUUUGCAAGACUCUCUAAGACUCUCUACAAAUACAGUAAACCAUUGAAUCGUUAAUCAUGUUGGCAGUUUGUCUCCUCGCUUUCAUCGCGAUGUCGAUUACCGCAGUCCCGGCCACGACCCCGACCACGACCCCACAGCCUCCUGAUGGAAUUCCCCAAUGUGCAAUCUACGAGUGCCCCGUCUAUACUACAUUAGAAGAAAUUGGUUCAGAUAUGUGGAAGAGACGGGUAGAACCAAGUGUAUGGGUGCAUAAGGUCGCUCCAACCUGCGACCGAACUGAAGCAAUAGGUUUAGUCAUAGGUGACCUCGAUGCCUACCUUGUAGACAACAACAUAAAUGAGUCAACACCAAUCAUUUUGAAAGUCGCGGAAAACAUACCCGGGCCAAAUUCUUCGUGUACCGGCCAAUCAGGAUCUUUCCCGUGCUGUGACCAAAUCUACGAACUUUUCCACUUCAUCCCUGUAGCUUCGCAAGAAACCGCCCCAAUCCCAUCACAGGACUCUGGGAUUCAGCUACUGCACUUCGAUGCUUUUGAGCUCUACGGCAUCACCUUUCUUGGGCCCAAUCACAAUGCGGUGGAGCAAUACGAACAGCUUCGUGAAUACCUCGACGAGCAGGGCAUUUUAUACUAUGGAACCUUUUAUUAUAUUGCAAUUUAUGACUUUCCAUCGGACCCUCAGCCUCAUCGUACUGAAAUCCUGAUUUCUAUUUAGAAACCCAGAAGGAAUGAUAAUAAUGAAGGCACCGAUAACCCAAACGACAGCCAAGAAAACCAAUCAUAUCGCAGUGGGCGUGGUGGUCGUCAAAGACCACACUGAUCUCAUUCCGUUUUGAGCUGGUCGGCAAACGACUCCAACCAAGAUUUUAAUGAUUUUAUGCCAUUUCAUUUCAU